AGCCGGGCGCUGGCGGAGGAGCGGCCGGAGCCGCGGGCGCCGGGCGCCGAGACUUCGUGGAAGCCCCCCCGCCCAAGGUGAAUCCGUGGACUAAGAACGCGCUGCCGCCCGUCCUGGCCUCCGUGAACGGACAGUCCCCUCCAGAACAUUCUGCACCAGCCAAGGUGGUGAGGGCAGCAGUUCCUAAGCAGCGCAAAGGCAGCAAGGUUGGUGACUUUGGAGAUGCAAUCAACUGGCCCACACCUGGAGAGAUAGCCCACAAGAGUGUGCAGCCACAGUCCCACAAGCCUCAGCCUGCCCGUAAGCUGCCACCCAAGAAGGACAUGAAGGAACAGGAGAAAGGAGAGGGGAGCGAUAGUAAGGAGAGCCCGAAAACAAAAUCGGAUGAAUCAGGGGAGGAGAAGAAUGGGGAUGAGGACUGCCAGCGAGGCGGGCAGAAGAAGAAAGGGAACAAACACAAGUGGGUUCCGUUGCAAAUAGACAUGAAGCCUGAGGUAUCCAGAGAGAAACUGGCCUCACGCCCCACUCGCCCACAGGAGCCAAGACACACAACUGCCAGCCGCGGGGAGAUCAAAGGGUCUGAGCCAGCCUCCUACGUGCCCGUGCCCGUGGCCCCCCCCACCCCAGCCUGGCAACCAGAGACCAAACCGGAGCCUGCCUGGCACGACCAGGAUGAGACAUCGAGUGUGAAGAGUGAUGGGGCUGGUGGGGCGCGGGCUUCCUUCCGUGGCCGUGGACGGGGGCGUGGUCGUGGCCGGGGACGCGGCCGGGGUGGCACUCGAACCCAUUUUGACUACCAGUUUGGUUACCGAAAGUUUGACGGUACGGAGGGGCCUCGCACCCCUAAGUACAUGAACAACAUCACCUACUACUUUGACAACGUCAGCAGCACUGAGCUUUAUAGCGUGGACCAGGAGCUGCUGAAAGACUACAUCAAGCGCCAGAUUGAGUACUACUUCAGCGUGGACAACUUAGAGCGAGACUUCUUCCUGCGCCGAAAGAUGGAUGCGGAUGGCUUUCUUCCUAUCACCCUCAUUGCUUCCUUCCACCGAGUGCAGGCCCUCACCACUGACAUUUCACUCAUCUUUGCGGCCCUGAAGGAUAGCAAAGUGGUGGAGAUCGUUGAUGAGAAAGUCCGUAGGAGGGAGGAGCCUGAAAAGUGGCCUCUUCCUGGUCCGCCGAUAGUGGAUUAUUCUCAGACUGAUUUUUCCCAGCUUCUCAACUGCCCUGAGUUUGUCCCCCGCCAGCACUACCAGAAGGAGACAGAGUCAGCGCCUGGCUCCCCUCGUGCAGUCACCCCAGUGCCAACCAAAACAGAGGAGGUCAGCAACCUAAAGACCCUGCCCAAGGGCCUGUCUGCCAGCCUGCCUGAUCUGGAUUCCGAGAACUGGAUUGAAGUGAAGAAGAGGCCGCGGCCCUCCCCAGCACGGCCCAAGAAGUCAGAAGAGUCCAGGUUCGCCCACCCGGCCUCCCUGCCUCAGCAGCUGCCCUCCCAGCAGCUUGUGUCCAAGGAUCAGGAUGAGCAAGAGGAGCUGGAUUUCCUGUUUGAUGAGGAGAUGGAGCAGAUGGACGGACGGAAGAACACCUUCACCGCCUGGUCUGAUGAGGACUCUGACUAUGAGAUUGAUGAUCGGGAUGUCAACAAGAUCCUCAUCGUCACUCAGACACCACCCUACAUGCGCCGGCACCCAGGGGGCGACCGCACAGGCAACCACACUUCACGUGCCAAGAUGAGCGCCGAGCUGGCCAAGGUCAUCAACGAUGGCCUCUUCUACUACGAGCAGGACCUGUGGACUGAGAAGUUCGAACCCGAGUAUUCCCAGAUCAAGCAAGAAGUUGAGAACUUCAAAAAAGUCAACAUGAUCAGCCGGGAGCAGUUUGACACACUGACUCCUGAGCCUCCUGUGGAUCCCAACCAGGAGGUUCCUCCUGGGCCACCCCGCUUCCAGCAAGUUCCUACUGACGCUCUGGCCAACAAGUUGUUUGGUGCUCCUGAGCCCUCCACCAUUGCCCGCUCUCUACCAACCACUGUCCCAGAGUCGCCAAACUACCGCAACGCCAGGACCCCCCGCACUCCCCGGACACCACAGCUCAAAGACUCAAGCCAGACGCCACGGUUUUACCCAGUGGUGAAGGAAGGACGGACACUAGAUGCCAAGAUGCCUCGAAAAAGAAAGACAAGACACAGCUCAAACCCGCCCUUGGAGAGCCACGUGGGCUGGGUGAUGGAUUCCCGCGAGCACAGGCCCCGGACUGCUUCCAUCAGCUCCAGCCCCUCAGAAGGGACCCCUGCAGUUGGCAGCUAUGGCUGUACUCCUCAGUCAUUGCCCAAGUUCCAGCAUCCUUCCCAUGAGCUGCUCAAGGAAAAUGGCUUCACACAACACGUCUACCACAAGUAUCGUAGGCGCUGCCUUAACGAGCGGAAACGCUUGGGUAUUGGCCAGUCUCAGGAGAUGAACACUCUCUUCCGCUUCUGGUCCUUCUUCCUCCGAGAUCAUUUCAACAAAAAGAUGUAUGAGGAAUUCAAGCAGCUGGCUCUGGAGGAUGCCAAAGAAGGCUACAGAUAUGGUUUGGAGUGCCUUUUUCGAUACUACAGUUACGGCCUGGAAAAGAAGUUCCGGCUGGACAUAUUUAAAGAUUUUCAGGAGGAAACCGUGAAGGACUACGAAGCUGGCCAGCUCUAUGGGCUAGAGAAGUUCUGGGCCUUCUUGAAAUAUUCCAAAGCCAAAAAUUUGGACAUUGACCCCAAACUGCAAGAAUACCUCGGCAAAUUCCGACGUCUCGAAGACUUCCGAGUGGAUCCCCCCAUGGGUGAAGAGGGCAACCACAAACGACACCCAGCAGUAGCAGGAGGUGGCGGAGGUGAGGGCAGGAAGCGAUGCCCCUCCCAGUCUUCCAGCAGGCCCGCAACCAUGAUCAGCCAACCCCCUACACCACCCACUGGCCAGCCUGUCCGGGAAGAUGCCAAAUGGACAAGCCAGCACUCGGACACACAGACUUUGGGAAAGUGAAAAGCCCUUAGCCCUGGGGUUUGUGGGGGGAAAGGUGGGGUGGGCGAGAGUCCAUGGGGGUGCCCAGUCCCAGGAGAGGGGACAGAGAAGGGACAGGCCUAGAGAUAGUCAGGCCUUCGUGCUGAGUCGCAGUGUGUACACCAUUUGGGCUAUCAGAGAUCCCCCUGGGCAGGAGCCUCCACAUCCCCCUUCCCCUCCUUUCUCCAUGACUCUUCACAUCCUAGCUUCUUCUAAGGGGGGGAGGGAAAGGGGGGAGAUUUUUUUUAUAUAUAUAUAUAUUAUAUAUAUAUAUCAAGUUUUAAAUUAUUGAUAGUUCGUCUGGAUUACCAAAAUCACUCUGCAGUCCUGCCCGCGGCAUUUAGGCCGCAGCCCUGGUCCCCACCCACAGCCUCCUGCUCCCCCUCCAGCCAACUAUGCAGCCCACAAGAAGGCCUGCGGGCCCCAUUGCCCAGCACUGUCCCGUGGAAGGCUCCGGCAGCACCCUGGGCCCUAGGAGCACCAGCCCCUUCGUCAUCCAGGGUCCGCCAUCACCAUGAUCUCCCUGCUGUCCCCACCAUGCCCUUCUGCCAUCUUCUGGGAGAAGGAAACCAAAGGAUCUAGAAGUGGGGAUUGGGGGGGAGGUUUCAGCCUCACCCCACUCCCCUCUCCCCACACCCCUUACUCCCCAGCCCAGAGAGACCCUGCUCAUACCAGAAAAGACUAUUUGAAAGAUGAUUUAUUUUAUUUUUCUCUGACCUUUCCAUCCUUGGGAAAAUGGAAGAAAAAAAAAAAAGACAAAAUCGACCAUAAAAGACCAAAAAAAAAAAAAUCAGCAAACCCCCACCUUAUCCACAGAAAGUGAUGUCUUUCCCUCCCCAUCGAAUUUUUUUGUUUUGUUCUUGGAAAUAAUAUUUUUUUAAAAGUUGCCUUAUUGUGGAGCGGGAAUCUGAAAUACCCAAAUGCCUGUUUUCCUUGGUGGAGUCAACCCGAAGAGCUCCCACCUCCUCUGGAUGUGCCUGGGCUCGGACUGGCAAGAAUCUUUCUCUGGACUGAGUUGCAUGUACAGUGCCUCCUGCCUGGAGGCAAGAGAGUGGGGCGGCCCUCUCAGAGCUGUGCCCAGAAUACCCCUGCUGUUGCAUCGUUCGAAGCCGACGUCCUGUGUCUGUGCACUGCUGCCACUGUCGUGUCCUCGCCCUGCUUGCUGUUGCCUCACGCCAGGCCCCGUCCUGCCGUGACACCCUUCAUCCUACCCUUGGAACCCCCAGGCCAAGUUUGCUUCAAACUGUUGGAGUCCAGAGUUGGCCUGGAUCUUGAACACAUUUGGCCUCAGCUUGAAAGUCUCCCCCAGCCCAGAGGGGAAAGGUGAACACCUGGCAGCUGAGGCUUGGAAAUGUUUCCUGUGUUGGCCUGAAAGAUCUCUGAGACCUCCAGGAGGCUUUGUCUCUCCUAAAAGGUGGAGAAAGAUGCCAUUCUCCCCCUAGGGUCUGGUGGGGGUCUCCCCAUCUAUCAUCCCCCCUCUGCAAGCCAUCUGCCCACCCUCCAAUUGAUCCCACCUGGGAGCGAGGGAUGAGGAAUUGGGGGCUGGGGGGAAUCCUGCCAGUCGGUGAAGCCCUGCGGCAGGAAGGUAUAUGUGGACAUAGAGUAUACCUGACUUCUCUUCUCCAGCCACUGACUGCUCGGCUUGGGCUGUGAAUGACAAUGGGAUGGCUGGAGUUCACUGUCGUCCGAAGCCAGGGAGGGUGAGGAGGACUGACCCACCCAGACGGGAUGCUUGCCGGGUGUGGGCAUAACUACGUUCACCCCAGUGGGAACUGGGCAGCACGGAGAAGCUGUGGUCUUUUUGCUCAGCCACUGACACUUUGGCCCUCCUUUUCAGAUGGUUCUUUCAUUGGGCCCAAAGGUCGGGAGUAGGAGGCAGUACCCCAGGCUGACAAGGGCUUGCCCUGUACCUUGGCACUCGUUGCUUUUCACCUGCGCCCUUCCCCCAGUGCUACCCUCCCAGUGGUCAGUGUGUGGGAUGCCCCCCUCAGCUCCUGUGACCCAGGAUGAGUGACGGGUCUCUGCUUCGACUGGGACCGAGGCCUUCCGCCGCCCUGAGGUCUGGCGUUGCCUGCACUGCACCAGACACUGGACUCCCUGCUCUCCCUCAGAGCCCUCCUCCAGGUCACUCAGCCUGUACUGUAUCCAGCGCCACAGAAACCUCAGUGUUCGUCCUCUGCUGGGUUUGGGGGCACCAGGAAGCCAUGGGGUGUGGGAAAGGCUAUUCUUACCUAGAAUUUUCUCCCAGGCCAGGGAGCUGCCAUCCUCUCCCCAAUCCUCUCCACGACACCCCUCAAAGAGGAAGCCCCUUUGGGGUGAGGAGGUGAGGACUUCAUCUCAACAUAGGCUGAGAAUGGGGCCCGAGGGGGGCUCGCUCUCGCUCGCUCUUUUUUUUUUUUUCUUUUGGUAACAUGUUAAGAGUUAAUGUUGCAAAGAGUAGUUUACAUCUUCACUUUCUGAAGACACUUGAAUUUAGGACCGAUGUAUCUGUGACAAGCAUGCCAGGAGUGGCAGGGGCCAUCAGGGCUAGCCACUUGACACCCACCAUCCUCCCACGGGGAUGCAAGACCUGAGACACAAGCAGCAGCCUGCCCAGAUCCCUCUGCUCAUCCUGCCCCUUCCAAGGUCGGUCCACAGCAGCGCGACCUUUGGGCAUCGAACAUCGGAAGGUCUGUGUGCCUCGGCCCCCUUAGGGUGCAGGUUCUCGUUCGCCCGCUUCUGAACCUGGGAGCAGAUGUGCUACCAGUAGAGACGGGUCCCUGGGCCCGGCCCCGGCCUGGAGCCCUGAAGCCCGGAGCCCUCGUGUCGGAGUUGUUAACUGUUUUCGUUUUGUUCCAUUUUCCCCUUCCCUGAUUGUUUUACAGAAGAAAGUAAGCUGCUCAGGAGGCCCUGGGAAUGGGAGAGGAGGGGCGAGGAAGACCACUAGUUAGCAUGGGGGUGAUGGUUUUUGCCAAAAGCCUGGGUAAAGCAGUCUGGGUCAUCUGGCACCCUCCUGAAUGGGACCCCAAAGUAUCUCCUGUGUGGAAGCCCCUGGAUUUCCCCAGCCUCGCCCUCUCCUUCAGCCAUUGGAUGGCAGAGGGGAUAAGGACUUACAGCCCCUUCUCAUUGGAGAGGAAAACUUGUCAUUUGGCUCUGCGGAGAAGGUCCCACCUUACGCUCGUAGUACAUUAUCUUUACCAUGUGCUAGGUUGUCACAUUUUAAAGGACAAAAAAAAAAAAAAAAGAAAUGUAAAAUACUUGAAUGAGCUUGUAUUAUAACAUUAAUAUUAUUGAGUA